AUGAUUGUAUGCCGAGAUAUUCUGGCAUCAAUAUUCCCUGAUGCAACAAGAAGAUCACGAUCAAAAACCAAGUCUAGAUCACGAUCAAAAACAAGAUCUAGAUCGACUUCCCGAUCAGAAAGAAAUGACAGAACGAGAUCACGAUCGACGACAAGGUCAAGAUCCAGAACGAGAUCCAGAUCAAGGUCCAGACCUUCUCUGUCAGCACCAGGGGUAAGAAGGGAAAGUUUGGCUGAAAAUACUAUCCCAGAAAAACAGCAUGAGCGAAGUUUUGGUAUUGAAAACACCGUUGCUAGGAGUAACAGUGGAUUCCCCAUAUCAGAAGCAAAAUUUCAAAGGAGAGUUUUGCAGCUAUUAACCGAAAUUCGUAACUCGGUUGCCCAAGUGGGAAAAAGAUGUUCUCCUGCCAAUUCUGCAGUUCAUAUCGAUCAGGCAACGAGCUUGGAGGAACUGAUCGCAUUAGAAAGCAGCCUUGCUGAUAAAGACACCAGAGAUGUAUUGUUAUCACGAAUCAUUGAUAUCGGAGGACUGAACGUCAGAGAGAAUGUCCGCAAUGUAAUGCACAGAUUGAUGAAUAAUGAAGUUAUGGCAUCAAUGAACAUGAAGGGAAAGGGUUCGAAAUAUGCGUUUGGGUCUACCAAAGUAUUUCAAGCUGUUGUAGAAUGUGUGGUUAAAAAUCAAAAAACGUCAGAAGCGGAGGUGAAGCAAGCUGUACAGCAACUGCUGAAAUACGCGCCAGAUAGGCAAGGAGGAGGUGGACGAAAAGACACCGCUUAAAUUUUGAAAACAAAACACUUAAAUAAAAUUUACUUGGCGAUAACAAUUAUUAUAUAGUUU